AUGUUUCAGGAGAUCUUGGCCUUCAUUUUAGCUGCUUCAGGGUGGGUGCUUGUAACUUCAACUUUGCCAACAGACUACUGGAAGGUGUCUACACUUGAUGGAUCUGUGACCAUCACUAACACCUACUGGUCCAAUCUGUGGAAGUCAUGUGUCACUGAUUCAACAGGAUCCAGCAGCUGCAAAGACUUUCCCUCAAUGCUGGCAUUAGAUGGUUACACCCAGGCUUGUAGAGGACUGAUGAUUGCUGCUGUGUGUCUGGGAUUUUUUGGGAGUGUCUUUGCCCUUGUUGGAAUGAAGUGCACCAAAAUAGGUGGAAGUGGCAAAAGCAAAUCAAGGGUCACUUGUUUUGCUGGAAUAGAUUUCAUUCUCAGUGGUGGCUGUUCACUUUCAGGAUGUUCACUGUAUGCAUACAAGAUAACCUCUGAGUUUUAUGACCCAAUGGUUGUGGAAAUGAAGUAUGAGCUGGGAGCUGCUCUGUUUAUCGGAUGGGCAGGUUCUAUCCUUUGCAUUUUGGGAGGCAUUGCUCUCUGUUUCUCCAUUGUACAGUCACCAAAAGUCCCAUCCAACUGGGCUGUAAACCAGCCUCCUCCGGGCUACAGCAGCUCCGUCCGGAUGCAGCACUUUGACAAGAAUAUGUACGUGUAAGGGAUGCGAAUAUAACAUCAUUCAUGAUUUAAGUCAGUACUAUUUUACAGUCUACAAAGCAUUUAUAAGGUAACAAACAUAUAACAAGACUG